UGGACUCAUUGCCUUCAAGAACUCAGCCAUGGCCAUCGAACUUUUUAUUAUUCCAAACACCCCCCAAGCGACGUACCAAAUAGGCAAUCCCAAAUCCUAUACACACCUGUCUGUCCUCUCCGGCUCUCAGAACUCCUUAUUUGAACAAAUUCUGGUUAAUCAUUUGAUGGGUUUCUGCCGUGAUUCGUGAAAAAGCAAUCCGAAAUCCUGGGGGGUUUUUCGACAUGGGAGGGCUUGAUGUUAAGGGGAGGGUUCGUAAAGAGCUUUCACCUGGGCCUGCCUACUAUGGGAUUUGUACUGUUGGAGGAAUGCUCAGUGCCGGAACUACUCACCUUGCAAUCACUCCCCUUGAUGUCUUGAAAGUCAAUAUGCAGGUGAAUCCAAUCAAGUAUAACAGCAUUUUAUCUGGGUUUUCUACCCUCCGGAAAGAACAAGGAGCUUGUUCUCUAUGGAGAGGUUGGUCUGGAAAGUUCAUUGGAUAUGGGGUUCAGGGUGGCUGCAAAUUUGGUCUUUAUGAAUACUUUAGGAGGCUGUACUCAGAUGUCUUGGUAGAUCAUAACCGGACUUUCAUAUUCUUUCUCAGCAGUGCAUCUGCUCAAGUAUUUGCUGAUGUCGCUCUCUGUCCAUUUGAAGCCAUCAAAGUCCGUGUUCAAACACAGCCUAAAUUCGCAAAGGGCUUGGUUGAUGGGUUUCCAAAAGUCUAUGCAACUGAAGGGCUGGCUGGAUUUUACCGUGGACUUUUUCCGCUUUGGGGCCGGAAUCUUCCUUUCUCCGUGAUAAUGUUCUCGACAUUUGAGCACUCAGUGGACCUUAUAUAUUGCAACAUGAUGCGAAGGAAAAAGGAAGAUUGCUCUAAAGCUCAGCAGCUUGGUGUAACCUGUUUAGCAGGAUAUGCAGCUGGAGCUGUUGGAACUGUAGUCUCUAAUCCUGCCGACAAUAUUGUUGCCUCACUUUACAACAGGAAGGCUGAAAAUGUGCUGCAGGCCAUGAAGAAUAUUGGGUUUGCCAACCUUUUCACUCGCAGUCUUCCAAUUAGGAUCACAAUAGUGGGGCCUGUAAUUACUAUGCAAUGGUUUUUGUAUGACACCAUCAAAAUUUUAUCUGGACUGCCUACUAGUGGAGGGCUUAGCAGAGAUGUGAAAGAAGCGAACCUAUCACCUUAAAGGUCAGUGGAGUCUGGAAGUUGUACCCUCAUAGGCUGAUCACUGCCAUACAAAAGAAGAUACAUGUCUAUUAUCACCGGGAUAGUUUCUAUAUUUAUUGAGCUUGUUUUCAGUAUUCUUUGACUCUCCUUUUCAAUUGCAUUUAGUAAUAUAGGAAACAAAAUAACUCUAUUUCUCUCAAAUACUAAUUUGAUAUAUAUGUCAUAACAAGAUGUCUGAACCAGUAUGCGGGUGUUAUGAGAUCCUUGUUUUGUAUAAUGAUCAGUCAUCAGUAUCAAUGUAAGUGCCAGUUUUGAUCAGGUAAUACUUGUAUGUUAUGUAACAAAUCAUGAACAACUACAGACGCUAUCUGGUGUCUGCCAUUGCAUAUUCCUGUUAAUGUCGGGUAAAU